UACUUUCUUUUCUCUUUCCCUAUCUUCUCUCUCUUUCUUAACUUUCUCUUGGGAUUCGAUCUCUUUCCGGUGGCUAUUCCCGAUGAUAACUGUCAAAUCUUCUCCAUUUGCACAACCUCUCCUUUAGGGUUAGCUAUCUCCUUCUCUAUCUCUCUCUAGCUCUAACUUUAUAGUGUAUUUCAUGAAGUGGUCGAUCUUUACAAGAGGAAGAUUCAGUAGAAUCUAACUCAAGACUCGGAUCUUUUUAAAGGUUUGAGUUGAAUCUGCCUGUAUUCGAGCUUGCUAAGGUUAAUCUCAAUACCUACCGAGAUCGAAAAUAAAAAUUAAAGGAUGAAUUCCUUUUCACAUGUACCUCCUGGCUUCAGAUUUCAUCCAACCGAUGAAGAACUUGUAGACUACUACCUAAGGAAAAAGGUUGCAUCAAAGAGAAUAGAAAUCGAUUUCAUCAAAGACGUUGAUCUCUACAAGAUUGAGCCAUGGGAUCUUCAAGAGUUAUGCAAAAUAGGAAACGAAGAGCAAAGUGAAUGGUACUUCUUUAGCCAUAAAGACAAGAAGUAUCCCACGGGAACUCGAACCAAUAGAGCGACAAAAGCAGGAUUCUGGAAAGCCACUGGAAGAGACAAGUCUAUAUAUUUAAGACAUGGUCUUAUCGGUAUGAGGAAGACACUCGUGUUUUACAAAGGAAGAGCCCCAAAUGGACAGAAAUCGGAUUGGAUCAUGCACGAGUAUCGAUUAGAAACAAAUGAAUAUGGAACCCCUCAGGAAGAAGGCUGGGCGGUGUGUAGGGUUUUCAAGAAGAGAUUGGCGUCAACAAUGAGGAAAAUGGGCGAUUACGAUUCUUCGCCUUCUCAUUGGUUCGACGACCAGCUCUCUUUCAUGGCCUCCGAGCUCGAUUCCAAUCCCCCAAGUCGGACUCUUCACAAUCAUCAUCAUUAUAACCAACACAAUCACCAGCAGACAUUGCCUUAUGGCCUCGAUGCGUCUUCAGCUUAUACACUCAACAACAACCCUAACUUGCAGUGCAAGCAAGAGCUGGAGCUACAUUACAAUCACAUGGUACAACAUGAACAACAAAAUCAUCAUCAUCAUGAAUCUAUUUUCUUCCAGCUUCCUCAGCUUGAGAGCCCUAACAGUAAUUGCAACUCGCUACCUUAUGGAUCAAGCAACAAUGGUAAUAACACAAGAAAUAUUGGUGACUUGCAGCAGUCAUCAAAUCUCACUCAUGAGGAACACUUGCAACAAGGGAGUCAAAGUUUUAGAUCAGUUUGUUAUGAUCAAGGUGACCAAGUGAGUACGGAUUGGAGAGUUCUUGAUAAGUUCGUUGCUUCACAGCUAAGCGAGGAGGUUGCAGCCACAGCUUCUGCUUCUACUCAUCAAAAUAACAACAAGAUGGACGCAAGAAACACUGAUUAUCAAGUGCAUCAGGGAAUGAAUCUGCUGGACAAUGAUUCGGAAAGGGUUGUCGAUAUGGGAGAAGAGCAUGCAAAUGCUCAUGCUGGUUUUGAUUCUUCGAGUUGUCAGAUGGAUCUCUGGAAAUAGUGAUCAAAAAGAAGAAGAUUCAAGAUGAAUACAUGUGAAAUAUACAUGCACACUAGUGCUGUGAAGAUGAUGAUGGUGGAGACCGGUUUAAAAAUAAGUUGGAAGGAGAAAUAACAUGGAGUUAUUUCCCCGAUUUAUAGAGGUUUUGUACAUAAUAAAAACCUAAAUAAUAUGGUAUUUUCUCUCGAUGAUUCUUGUUUCAGUAUUGUAUUAUAUGUAUAUGAUAUAUGCAUGCGUGAAUGCAUGUAUGCAGGCAUAUAUGCAUCU